AUGGCUACCACGAGAAUGGAAGGUCCACUCAGCAAGUGGACUAACGUCAUGAAGGGCUGGCAGUACCGCUGGUUUGUCCUGGACGAUGCUGCUGGACUCUUGUCAUAUUACACGUCCAAGGACAAAAUGGUAAAAGGUUCAAGACGAGGCUGUGUUCGGCUUUCAGGGGCUGUUAUUGGCAUUGAUGAUGAAGAUGACAGCACGUUUACGAUCACUGUUGAUCAUAAAACAUUUCAUUUCCAAGCCAGAGAUCAAGAUGAAAGGGAGCGGUGGAUCGAGGCUUUAGAGAAUGCUAUUCAGCAGAGUGGUCAGAAACACCCUGAUGAUCAUGGAGCUACCUUAGAAGAUUUUGAGAGGAAACUGCUGGAAACAAAUGCCUACCUACAGCUUCUGAUAGACCAGAAUGAGGCUCUGGCUAAGAAAAUUGAGGAGUGCCCAAAUGAAGCAGACAAAGAACGCUACAAUGUCAUUAAAGUUACAGCAGACGCCAUGAUUGAAGCCAUCAAACAUUCCAUAGUACAGUUACAGAUUUCCAAGGAGAACCUGAAACAACCAUUGCUGUUGAAUGGAUCUUUUCAUGACGCCACCCUCCUGACAGAUGAAGCCAACUUUAGCCACUACAGUUCUGCUCCUUGUCAGGUUAUGUCCUCAUUGUCAACGGAAAACGUCUGUCGGGCCAGUCAGCUAGACAAAGUUCACCUGUCCACCCAGACCAGCAUCUCGUUGCCCAAUCUCUCCUACUCUGAUGAUAGUUCUCCCACCCCUGCUGAUGAGACAGUCCCUGUGACAUCAUACUCCUCCAGUGAAGAUGAAGAGUUCUAUGAUGCCGAGGACCAGAAGUCACCAAAAUCCGAACCUGGCAAACAUGGAGGUGAAGACAACCCAGCUGAGAACCUACCAGCCGCUAUCAUUUCUGCUGAGGAAGACUAUUUUGAUGAACUGUAUGACACACGGGAUAAUGAAGACUUAGGUUCUAUGGAGCAGCAUGGGAGCGUCAUCGGCCACCUGUUGUCUCAAGUACGCAUCGGCAUGGAUCUCACCAAAGUUGUGCUGCCCACCUUUAUAUUAGAGAGGCGAUCACUGCUGGAGAUGUUUGCAGACUUCUUUGCUCAUCCAGACGCCUUCUGCAAAAUUGCAGAUAUGCCUACCCCCAAAGAGCGCAUGGUGCAGGUGUUGCGAUGGUAUCUGAGUGCCUUUCAUGCUGGCCGGCCCAGUGAAAUAGCCAAGAAACCCUACAACCCAAUCUUGGGGGAGACUUUUAAAUGUCACUGGCACAUCCCAGAGCCUUCUGAAGAUACUGAUAUGGCUGCUGAUGGACCUAUUCCCUGGGCCAAGAGAAAUGACCUGGUGUUCAUUGCAGAGCAGGUGUCACACCACCCUCCCAUUUCAGCCUUCUAUGCAGAGAACUACAGCAAGCGUAUUUCCUUGGAUGGAUACAUCUGGACCAAGUCUAAGUUCCUGGGUCUGUCCAUUGGGGUGCACAUGAUAGGGGAGUGUGUCUUGUCUGUGCUAGACUAUGAUGAGGAGUAUACCUUGUCCUUCCCCAGUGGAUACGGAAG